GCAGCCUGUGGAUGGUGGUAUCUAUUCCUUGGGGCUGAGGAGCUAGAUAUUGGCAGCUGCACCAGAGGAGGAUUUCAUUUGAACCCGAAACUUCUGAACCGUCCAAGACUACCUUCACUUCUUCCAAAGGAGUAACGUUUCAUCAUAAACAGUAAUUCCACGAAGAAGACACUUUUCCAGUGAUCGCUUGAAUACUGUGAUACUUUUUUCCAGCUUUUUGCACGUCUAGACAAGAUGUUUCCUAAUUUUCCUAAAUUGGUGUUGCUAGGAAGCAGCCUGCUUGGCUGUGUUUUUUCUCUUCCUAUGACAAACGACGAAAUCAACAGAGGGAUCAACAUGAAAGAUCUGUGUGAAGCUUGCGACACCUCCACAGGGUCCGGGUACUCGUACCACCCCAACUACUGCCACCUCUUCGUGCACUGCUCCCUGGGGGCCGAGGGCGAGCUGCUCGGCCAGGUCAAGGAGUGCACCCGUGGGCUGCUGUGGUCACAGAAAGUCAAGCAAUGCGUGUGGCCCAUGGAAUCCGACUGUUCAGAAAACCCCUGCGUGAACCAGUCAGUGACCAUUCGAGAUGUUCGCAACUGUAACGGCUACUUCUCGUGUCCGGACGGCAGUCACCUGCAAUACAACUGCUGCCCGGAGGACCAGCAUUAUGAAGCGUCCACUCGACACUGUGUCAAGGACCGUGCGUGCAACGACCCCUGCCUACCUGGCUCGGCCAACGUCACCGCAAAGACUCCAGAAGACUGCAGCCGUUAUACUGUUCCGGAUGACCCGGGUAGCUACCUGUGGUCUGUGGAUGGUCAGAACAUCACCAUGACAUGCGCCACUGGCACCGCCUUCUCGCCAGACUUCUGCAGCUGCACCAAAGUUUCCGGGCCUAUCAAAGAUGAACCGUGCGAGCCCUACAUUCAUUUCCCUUUUGAUGUCAACAUCAAAGACUCCAAAGGCCACACCGCUUCCGGCGGAAAUGCUGACAUUAAAAGAAGCGACACGUCGGCGACAGGUGGCGGCACGGCCCACUUCCGAGGCGACCAGCAAGUGGUGGCCUGGGCCAUGAACAACAUGGAGUUCAGAUCCAACUUCACAUUGUCGUUCCGCUUCAAGUCUCUUCUGCCGGAUUAUCAGUCCGCAGACGACGAACGGUAUGCUUUGGUGGACAACAGUGACUGUGACAAGGAGGCGACGUUCGGGGUGGCGCUGCUGAGGACCUCCCACAAGCAGGGGACAGUUGCACGGAGGGUUCCGCCUAAAGAACGGCAUGGCCUUCACCGCCAGCUCUGGGGAUCUGCAACUCACAGACUGGCAUGACGUGGUGCUGCUGAAGCAGGGCCCGAGGGCAGAGCUGAGAGUGGACGGCAAAGUCCAUCCAAUAGAAGGCGAAGGAACAGAGGCAGACAUCGACCGUGUGGACUGUUCAAUGACCAUUGGCACGGGUACCGGGCUGCAGAACUUCAUCGGGUACAUUGACGAGGUGAGAGAUAAAAGUUACACAUCGGGUACACAUAGGUGAGCCACAGAUGUUACAUAUCGAGUACACAGGCGAGAUUUAUAGUUACAUCUAGUACAUACAGUAUGUACAUUUUUUUCUUUUAUAAAAAUAAAAAAUUGUUAGAUUACAUGUUUUGUUUAAUUAAAAAUGAUAGAUUCUUACAAAGCUUAUUACAAACAAACUAGCUGUAAGAACUGAGAAACAGACAGAACUGAUUAACAAUCUAGAAUAUCAAACCUAUUUGUGUUUUGUUCUCUCGUACUCGCAGGUGAAAUACUACAAAUGUGUGCCAAAAGAAUACUGGUGAGUGGCCAGAGUGAUAUCAAGACAGCUGUACAAGGAGAAGGUUGUUAUUUUACAGACCUGUCAUUGAAAUCUUUGUACAUUGAUGUCUUGUACAUCACUAAUGGCUGACAACAUAGAGACUCCAACACCAGCGUGAGUCGGGUUCAGCCGCCUAUGGUUGUCUUCAGCGCUUUGUAUUAAAAAAUAUGACAAAC